UAAACUAAACAAAAUAUGUGUAUUUACACAAAUUACUGCAGUCUACUUAUUCUAGGUUAUGUCAUAUUCAUAUUAUAUCGACAAUGUGUGGUGGUGGUGGUAACAUUGUAAAACGGUUGGCAGAACUUUGCACUGCUCUGAAUACACAAUAAAAACGUUGUUUACGUGAACAUAACCUGUGUUUCUUCUUCUGUGACAGCAGCAGUGAGCAGCAGAUUAAAAGUGUUGUUUGGUUUGGUGCUUGUUUAUAAAAUAUCAAAAAAAUGGCUUUAGCGAUGCAAAGGAAGGCGAACGUGAGGCUGCCUCCAGAGAUCAACAGGAUCCUGUACAUACGCAAUCUUCCUUACAAGAUCUCCGCGGAGGAGAUGUACGAUAUAUUCGGAAAGUACGGUGCAAUAAGGCAGAUCCGCGUCGGCAACACCCCGGACACCAGGGGCACCGCUUUCGUCGUGUACGAAGAUAUAUUCGACGCGAAGAACGCUUGCGAUCACUUGUCCGGUUUCAACGUUUGCAAUCGUUACCUGGUCGUCCUCUACUACCAGGCGAGCAAGGCCUUCAAAAAGACUGACCUGGAGAAGAAGCAGGAGGAGAUCGACAAGAUGAAAUCCAAAUAUGGCAUUUCCACUGAGGAACUGAGACGAUGAUGAUCAUAUGGUGAUGUGAUAACGAACAGGAGAGGUGGACACAUCUGUGAUACACUCAAGUACAUACUGAUGGUUCCGAUGUCAUGAUGCCAAAUGGGAUAUAAUUCACAUUCUUUUCAGCUCAUCCAACAUAAAUAAUAAACAUAAUUAAUUGAUGAUGAUGACGAUGAACAUUAUUUGUACAUACAUUCAUUUCAAUAAUAAAUCUCAAUAUUGUAUUUGUACUUCUUUUGUUUCCUUAAUUAAAUAUACC